AUGUCAACAUCCGAGGAAUUUCAAGUAAAACAUUCAGACCGAAAACGUAAACGUGAAGCAGCUGAAGCGGAAAACAGUACGAUGGAUACUGAACAAAUGACAACAGCUCAAUUUCCACAAAUAAAUCCAUCAGAAUUACAAGAGCAAACGGAUAGCUUUCGCAAGGUGACAAUUCCCGCUCAUCGAUAUACUCCAUUGAAAGAACAAUGGAUGAAAAUAUAUUCACCAAUUGUGGAAUAUCUUCAUUUACAAAUACGCUUCAACUUACGAACACGUUCUGUAGAAAUAAAAACAUCCGAACAAACUGAAGAUAUCCAAGCGUUGCAAAAAGCCGCUGAUUUUGUUAAAGCCUUUGCACUUGGUUUUGAAGUUGAGGAUGCACUCGCUUUAAUUCGUCUUGAUGAUCUCUUUCUUGAAUCUUUUGAAAUCAACGAUGUUAAACCAUUGAAAGGUGAUAAUUUGUCCAGAGCAAUCGGUCGUAUUGCAGGUAAAAAUGGUCGCACGAAGUUCGCUAUUGAAAAUGCCACACGAUGCCGAAUUGUUCUUGCCGAAGACAAAAUUCAUAUUCUCGGUUCAUAUCAAAACAUUCAAAAUGCACGAACAUCAAUUUGUAAUCUGAUUUUGGGCUCACCACCAUCCAAAGUCUACGGCAAAUUGCGAACUGUAGCAGCGAGAACGGCCGAAAGUUUUUAA